AUGUCUCGCUGGGGCAUUGUCCUCGGUCUCUUCACCACCGCAGCUGCCCUCAAUGUUGGACAUGAGCAGUUGCGCAAGGAGACAGGCGUUUUGAGCUGGGAAGCAUCUGACAGCCUCCGCAACCAGCUCUACGUCCUAGCAGGAGUUUGCUGCUUCGCCUUGGCGGGCUCCUUGGUCUUCUUCUGGACCUCAACGCCAGGAUCCGACAGGAAAGAGGUUGACGAGAAGGUUGCUGAGGCCAUCCCUGCCACGGUGGAUGAAGAGGAUGCCGGUCCGUCCUUGGCCGACUAUGAGGACCUCGUGAAGUCGGUGCUGCAGCGCACUGCGGACCAACUCGGACCGAAAGUGGCAAAGGGCGCACAGGUUCAGAAUAUUCUGAACGACAAGGUUGGCUCCCUCGCAGACAAGGCGAAGGCCUUCGUGAUGACGGAACUCACAGACACUGUUGGCUCCGUGGCAACUGCCCUGCAGAUGGAGGAGUUCAUGGUGCUGGUGGAUGACGAUGCUGCAGUGGCAGCCAGCUUCCCGCCCCUCUCGGUGCUCCUGGCUGGCCUCCUCGUGCCCGCCAAUCUGAACUUGAACAUUGCCUGCCACCUUCUGCAGACCUUCAUCGUCCUGCUCCCAGUGCUGUGCGUGGUGGGCUAUUCCGAGUACGCUGACGCAGGUCAUCCUUGCAAGUCCAUCCCCGGCCUGAGGCUUUGGGCGAGGACUGUCGGGGUGAUCGCCGGUCUUGUCACCCUGGCCCGCCUUGUGUUGGCUGUCAAGUGCAUGAUGGCCAAGUCCGCCAUCCGGCGCAAGAACGAGGAGAUGAAGGAACAGCUGGAGAAGGCCACAGUUCAUGCCAGCUCCACCGGGAUUGAGGAGUUGAAGCAGCUCUUCUUCUUCUAUGCCACUACGCUGCAGCAUGCUGUGGUUUGCGAGGGAAACACCCGCGUCGGCUUCUUCUCGCACAUCGUGGGCUUCGGCACCCUCCUGUGGCUGCUGACAACAUUCUUCAACACUUACCUCUACUUCGCCUACAUGUUUGUUCCGGGAGUUGUUGCCUUCCAUCCCUCUGCUGCGGAUGAACCCAGCUACUGUGCUGCCUGGGUUACGGUCUGUGCGGCGAAGAUCUCCAUCCUGCUGGCUGUCCUGUUCUUCUUCGUGAAUGUGAUGACGGUAUUCUGCUGGGCUUCUGAGACCGUGUUGAGCAUGGAUAGCGUGUCGUCCAAGAUCAUUUCCAAGGCGAAGGCCUUCGACAACCUUGGCCUUGGCCUCCCCGUGGCCCAGUUGUUCGUUAAGGUGCUCCUCUUCCGCGGAUCUACGGACAUGAUGUGUGCACGCCUGGCGGUCCAUUUGCGCGAGAAGGAUGGACUCUCUCAGGAGCUUGCCCAGACUGAGAGCCGCUUGGCACAGCUGAAGGCAGAGAUCGAGGCCAAGGACAAGCAGGUGGAUGCCAUCAAGGCGGAGAUGACCUCGGAUGGCGCAGGCCUUGAGGCUGCCAAAACUCGCGGUGCCGAGGUGAUCCAGGCUGCUCGCGAGAAGGCCGCUGUGCUUGACCAGCAGGUGGCCGAGGCAGCCGCCAACCCUGACUCACAGGACAUGCUCAACACGCUGAAGUCCAUGAUGGACAAGGCCUUCGAGGCCGCCGACGCUGCCAAGGACCAGGCCAAGCAAGCAGCAAACCAGGCUGCCUCUGCCGCUGGAGACUUGGCCGCCGCAGCUGGUGAGUACGAUUACAAGGGGGCUGCUGAGAAGUAUGCUGGUCAGGCAGCCUCUGCAGCUGGGGAUUACAAAGCAGUGGCAGAGAAGUACGCCGGCCAGGCUGCAGCAGCUGCGAAGGAUGCCGCAAGCGGACUUCCUGAUCAUGACUACGCCGAUAAGGUGAAGAGCCUGGGCCAGAACUUCGGUCGCUAA